UAUGACAUUAAUGCCUCUUUAAGUUCCAACCAGAAACCAGAAACAUCAAAGAAGGGAGGAGAGUAGAGGGGGGGUGAUGUGUUUAGUGGAGGGACUCCAUCAUUUAGAGAAGUGAACAGUUCCUGGUUUACCAGUGAAGAAGAAAGAGAGGCAGCGUUAAACCAACAGAUCCUCCAACAUGAACGUCUGUCAGUCUCUGAUCUGCUUCUUCUUCCUCACUCCAACCUCUCCUCUCAGACCUUCUUCACCAUCAGUCCCAUCAGCCUCCACACUGAUGACAUCACAUAAUUUAAGCUCCACACCUUCAUCAGCCUUCCCUGAAGCCAGUGAGCAGCCUCCACAGAAACACACAACACCAGCCCAAAGAGCUCUGCUGUAUGUGGGUCUGACUCUGGUCCUCUUCUUCAUCAUGUUAUCAGUAGCUUUGCUGAUUUUCUGCAGUAUGAGGGCCAGGAAAACCAAAGAACCUCCUCUGGAAACUGAGUACUCUAAUGUCACAAAGGCCAACCGAGUGUAUGAGGAGAUCAGAGAGGACAGACAGAGCACAUCUCCUCCUGUAGAAGUGUCUACAGUUUACACUUACGCCAAAUACACCAAACCAGAUGGAGUGGAAACCACAGAGGAGUACAGCUUAGUCACUGCACCCACUUCUCAGAAGAAAACUGAAGACGACCGGAGUGACCUCACCUACUCUGAGCUGGAUCUUCCCAACGGUACAGCUGCCUCGCUGCACAGCGCCCCCUGCGGUGACCCAGAUAACGUGGUCUACUCUGUUCCUCGGGUAGAAGCCAGCUCGGCCGGCAGCCUCGCCCAAGACGCUUCACCUCCUCUGUACUCUACUGUUACUUUACAUCAGCUGUAGCUUCAACGCUGUCAGCGCCACAUUUACUCUCUCAGGAGCCAACAGGGGACACAAAGUGCUUUGAAUGAGUCACAUUCACUCAAAGAAAUCUGUUUUUAUCGUUAUUGUUUUUUUUGAAGAUGAAAUAUUUUUUAUUAGCUCUAUGUGUUUAUUGCUUUUGCACAAGUAUAUGUUCUUAUAACAGUUAUGCAUUAUAUAAUUGUAUACUAUAUUUAUUCUGUACUUUUCAAACUGUAGUUAACGUGUUUAGGUGCUGAAUCCAAUCAUCAUGAGAACAAUGGCCUGUACAAUUUUAAGUUCCUGAUCUUCUGAUACCAAAUAGGACUAUUUGGUAUCAAAAGAUCAGGAACUUAAAUUUUUUGUUCAUGAAUAUGUAACAUACAUACUCAUGAACUUUGUAUGACUUGAACAUUGGUAGUUUUCUGGCAGUCACCAUUAUUGUUGCA